GUACCCGGGAAGGGGCGGGUCGGGAAGGUGACACGUCAGGCGGUUGCUGGGAGCUGGUAUUAGAGGAGGAGGAAGAGGAGUGAAUGGAACACGGGGACCGGUCUCUGGGACGUGCGGAGAUAGCAGAGGGUGCUCCUGACCCACACUGUGCCUCCGUGGGAAGCUGCUGAGGGACGUACGGGAGAGAGAGAGAGGAGCCCUGACCCACAUCCUUGCCUUCACCCGCUGCAGCCCAAUCAUCUCUACCCUCCUCUGCUACUACACCUCUGCUGUCCUCUGUUACUGCAUCCUUAUACUCCCCUGCUACUAUAUAUAUCCAUACUACUUUCUGGUACUACAUACUUAUCCCACCUGCUACUGUACAUCCCUAGUACUCUCUGCUACUAUAUAUUCCUACUAAUCUCUGCUACUACAUACUCAACUGCUACUAUACAUCCCUACUACUCUCUGCUACUACAUACUCAACUGCUACUAUACAUCCCUACUACUCUCUUCUACUACAUACUUAUCCUCCCCUGCUACUGUAUCCUUAUACUCAUCUGCUACUAUCCAUCCUUACUACUCUCUGCUACUACAUACUUAUACUCAUCUGCUACUACAUCAUUAUCCUCAACCACUACAUUGCUGAUAUGCUCUGCUGCUACUAGAUCCUUAUCCUGCACUACAUCCUUGGUAUCCCCUGCUGCUGCUACUAUUGCUAUAUUCACCACUAAAACAUCACUGUCACCAUUCACAUUUCUAUUCUUUACUGCAUCUUUAUCUUUCUGCUAUUAAUAGGUCUCUUAUCCUCCACCACUACAUUCCUUCAAUCCUCUGCUGCUGCAUACCAAAGUACUUCUCUUCUGCUACUACUACAACAUCCCUAUCCUUUCUGCUACUACAUCCCUGUCCUCUACAUUCUGUUCUCUUCAUUUACUUUCUCAUACUUAUCCUUUACUCGUCCUUGCUGGCUUCCCAGACUGGUGAUGACCUGGGCGCAGUGACUGUGGAAGUGAAGCCUGCAGACUUGUGGGCCGGUGCCCUUGAUGCUGGUUGGUGACUCCUGGUAUAGGUGGAAAUGAGACUGUCCAUGGUCCUGUCCUUGCUGCGGCCUGUGGGCCCUGUGGUGGUUGGCAUAUCUUUGGGCUUCACGCUCAGCCUGCUCAGUGUAACCUGGGUGGAAGAGCCCUGUGGUAGUGGGCCAAGACUACCUGGGAGUGCUGGGGUGCUCACUGACUCCGGGCAUGAUUUAAGUGUUGCGAGGAAACCCAAUUCGGUGGCUGCUGGGAUCGACACCAAUGAAAACUUUGAGCCCAAGAUCAUCCCCUACACCCCACCAGACCCCCAGAAAGUGCAGAAGAAACCAGUCCGAUCUCGGUAUAUAAGCACAGAACUCGGCAUCAGAGAGCGGCUCUUUGUUGGGGUCCUGACAUCGAAGACCACCUUGAAUACCCUGGCAGUUGCAGUGAAUCGGACCUUAGGACAUCGGCUUGAGAAAUUGGUCUACUUCACAGGGAUGCGUGGCCGCAAACUUCCUCAUGGCAUGACUGUGGUGACCCAUGGAGAUGAUCGACCCAUCUGGAACAUGUACCAGACUGUGAAGCAUUUGCUGGAUCACUAUGUGCAGGAAUUUGACUGGUUCUACCUGGUGCAGGAUGACACCUACACAGAAGCUCAUCGGAUUUCCAGACUCGCAGCUCACCUUAGCAUAGAUGCUGAUCUCUAUCUGGGUCGGCCCGAGGAGUUCAUUGGAGGUGACACUGAGGGAAGAUACUGCUAUGGCGGUUUUGGUUACUUGCUUUCUCGGAGCCUUUUGAAAAAGCUGCAGCCACACUUGGAAAACUGCCGUAAUGACAUUCUUAGCGCCAGGCCUGAUGAGUGGUUGGGGCGAUGCAUCAUCGAUUACACACACGUUAACUGCGUGGAGGAGCAUGAGGGAGUACGAUACCGUUACUUUGAACUGGGAAAGAAUGCUGACCCUGAAAGAGAAAGUGACCCCCAUUUUAAGAUUGCCUUCACAGCCCACCCAGUUCUGGACCCUGUGCAGAUGUAUCGUCUUCACAAGCACUUCGCCCAGCUCGAGUUGGAGAAGACCUACCAGGAAAUUGAACAGCUGCAGCGGGAGAUCCAGAAUACAAGCAGCCUUUCUGUGGAGGGAGAACAAUCUGCCGCAUGGCCCCUGGGGAUCAACUCUCCUUUUCAGCCCCGUACACGAUUUGAAGUUCUGCGGUGGGACUAUUUUACGGAGGACCACACUUUCUCUUGCAUUGACGACUCUCCAAAGUGUGAGUUAAUUGGGAGUGACUUGGCUGAUGUGACCGAUGUCAUUAGCACAGCAGUUGAUGAGUUAAACCGCAAGUAUCAGCCUGUGUUGCAUGUGCGCAAACAGCAGCUCCUGAAUGGAUACCGCCGUUUUGACCCUACCCGGGGCAUGGAGUACACAUUGGACCUCCAGCUUGAGUUGGUGACUCAAAAAGGCCACAGUCGUUCUAUAACUAAGCGCGUCCACCUGGUCCGUCCACUUAGCGAAGUGGAAAUCAUCCCUAUGCCGUAUGUGACAGAGGCCAGCCGCAUCAACAUCAUCCUACCCCUGACUGCACAGGACCGAGAACAUACUUCACGCUUUCUCCAAGCCUUCACAGAUAUCCAGGGCAACGAGAACUCCCUUCUCACUCUGCUUUUCAUUUAUGAUCCAUUCCAAGCUCAGCAGGUCAGCCAAAAUGAUAUCUUUGCACAGGUCAAGAGCCAAAUUUCAGAGUUAGAGCGGAAGUAUCAUGACAUAAAGAUUCCAUGGAUCAGUGUGAAGACUGAUGCGCCCUCUCAAAUCCGACUUAUGGAUAUUAUCUCCAAAAAGCACCCGGUAGACACUUUGUUUUUCCUGGCAGGUGUAGGUAGCCGGGUCAGCACAGAAUUUCUUAACCGUUGCCGCAUGAACACCAUAAACAACUGGCAGGUCUUCUUCCCCAUCCACUUCCAAGGUUACAAACCUGAGGUGUCUGAACAUGGACAACAACCUCCCUUGGCAACCCUGGAACUAGUGCGAGAUGCUGGACGAUUUGACAGAGAUGUAUUUGAUGAAGCCUGCUUCUAUAAUGCCGACUACAUGGCAGCACGCACAAAGAUGGCAGCCGAUGCUCAGGAAAAUGAGGAAAUCUUGGAGAUGCUAGACAUAUAUGAGAUGUUUAUUCGUUACUCUGGGCUCCACGUCUUUCGGGCUGUGGAGCCAGCGCUUCUACAGCAGUACCGCCCACGGUCUUGUAACCCACGUCUCAGCGAGGAAAUUUAUCACCGUUGUGUGCAGAGCAAUCUGGAAGGACUGGGCUCUCGUUCCCAGCUGGCCAUGCUGUUGUUUGAACAGGAACAGGGGAAUAGCACCUGACCAGGACCUUGAAACAGACUCGGCAUGGCCAAGGGGCCUUGGAGAGACCUCGGAUUGCUCUAUCCUUACAAGGACACUGAUAUGUGUGCUAGUAACAGAACUUUACUUACACUCCAAACUUCUCCUGUUACAGCAAAAGUUCUGUAUGUGAUCUUGACAUAAGAGACCACUCUAUAGACUAAGAAUCUUUAAAGUUGGACGUGAGGGGACUUCCCCUUCAACUAGAACUGCUAGCAGCCUUGUUUGUCCCACUCUGCCAUCAUUGCUGCACCUGAUACCUGCUCAAACUCUGAAGGACAUGAGACUUCUACCCAGGAAUGUGGUGUACUCUGCGCCCAUGUUCUUUCAUUUGUACAAAGAAGACAUUCACCGGAAUAGUACACUUGACUAUAGUUCCCAAAAAAGUCAGACCCUUGUGAACGUUUUAAUUAAUCUCUGUGGUCCAUCUUUGUUUGUAGAAGACUUAUUUUAUGUAGACUUUAAGAAAUAGCACCAUGCAGUCAUGUGUGGCACAAGCCCGGCUUGUAGCUUAUUUGAUCACAUAAUUUGCGCUGAUGCUGCCUCCAGUGAGAUUGACACCUUACAAAUUGCUUUGUCCUAUGUGUGUUGGUCUGCUUGACAUAUGUCCUGACGCCUGUCUGGUUUUUUUUUUUUCCAGUUUAUAUAUUUUUGUCUUUGACUCCGCUACACUCCCCAACUCAAAUUCACUCCAAACAUUAUUAGUUUGUCUUAAUUAUUAUUAGUACUUUAUAUGGGCGGUUUUUUUUUUUUUGGUUUUUUUUUAUAAUGGUUAUGUACGUUCCUCAGACAGAUGCAGCCACCAGGUCACAAGAAGGUCUCCUGCCUAAUACAGUCUGUAGUUUUAUUGCUCAUGGAUGAAUGUAGCCUUUAAACACUUCCACUGCCCAUUACCGACUAGCCGAAUUACAUUGAUGUGUCGGACAAAUCCUCAAUCCUUUGUUCCAUGGUUUCCUCCUCAACCCCUAUGUGUAUAUUUAUGUGUGUGUCGCCCGAUGUGUUCUAUUUUAAAUGGACUUGAAACUGCUUUUUGUAUUCCACCUCACUUUACCAUGAAGAGGUUAAUCUGAAACUGACUAUUGAUUUUUACACUGGGGACGGAGGAGGUGCAUGCGAGUUACUAUAAUUGGGGAAAUAGUUAUUAUGGAAACUUUUUUUUUUUUUUUGUACAAUGAACACCGCAGGCGCCUCCUUGAAAGCAAUCAUUUUUAUAUUAUAAAUCUAUUUAAUAUUUUGGGGGUUUUGUCAUUGAUUUAAAUAAACGACUUUAAUAAAAAUGCAA